AUGUUGACCACUUUUCGCUCCGUGGUUUUAUCCGUUCACAGCUUUGGCCGCAUUUUGGAACUAACAGUUCCCACUUAUCCGGUCAGUCAGACCAACUCGCGAUUCCGCGGUCCAGUUUAUUGGUGUCUUUCUUCAUCUCUGCUGACCACAGAUGUUUUACAUGCCGGCGCACAUGUGGUUUUGCACAAUAUUUGGUAUCUGCCAAUUCCAACCUGGGCCGAGAUUUCCGUGGGAUACGAAGCGUUGCUGGUCCUGGGUGUUUACUCCACUUGUCAACUAAUAAAAUCAGAUUCAUCAGUUGACCAGAUCGCAUCUUGUGGAUCGCGGUGUUGUGCCGAUCCCCGUCUGAUCCAACCGGAAUCCCUCUAUCCAAUCAAUGUGCGAUCCAUUUUAUCAUCCUGUUUAAACAUGCGGUCAUUGGUUCUUCCCGCGGUUGAAGUGAGUUUUUGCUCCAGUUGGGUCUAA